AUGAUUCUGAAUCUGCGACACCAGGACAACAGUUUUCCUCGUAUAAUCUUCUCCAUUACUUUGGCUGGUGUAGAAAGUCGAUUGCAUAGUGGAUUUGAUGAACACUCAAAAAGACGUUGCUUCUGGGACAUUAAAUUCUUAAUGGAGAACGUGUUGACUGGAGUAGUGAAACCAGAGAAGUUUGCCGUUAUGACGAGCGAAGAGAUGGCGUCAGAUGAAGUGCGCGAGAUGCGUGACAAAUUCAACAAAGCUGCAAUCUUAGAACAUCAAAUGAGCGUUCAACAAGGCACUCCAUCGGAUAUGUUCAAAUGUGGAAAGUGUGGUAAGAAGAAUUGCACAUACACUCAACUUCAAACUCGAUCAUCUGACGAGCCGAUGACCACUUUUGUUUUCUGUCUUGAAUGUGGUAAUCGCUGGAAGUUCUGCUGA